UUACUUUUUCCUUAGUGUCAGUUAAUCGUCCAUGGAUAUUUCAUUUUCAUUUCGCAUUGCAUUGUGAUCUGAUUAUCGUCUGGAGAGUUAUUUAAAUAAUUUAAUAGUUCAGUUUUUAUUGUUUGUGACGGCACUUGUAAUUCCUAAAAAAAUCGAAAUGCUGCAUUUUAGAUAUUUUUACACAAUCGUUGUGCUGUUCAGCUGUUGUAGAGCGGGUCAUUUAUCUGCUGGUGGCCUAGCUACAGAACUCAUUGAUGUACCUACAUCUACGAAACCAACAUCAUUAGAAGAUAAAAUGACAACAGAGGCAAUCACUACAGAGACAACCCCCAAGCCUGACACAACUACCAGCAGCACCACUACAUCCACAACCUCUACUACUACAUCUUCCACAUCCACAACCUCCACUACCACACCUUCCACAACCACCACUACAGUAUCUCCUAAUACAACUAGUACAACUAACACAACCACAACUAAACCGUCUCCAACACCAACACCAGCACCCACUCCGGCUCCAGCACCCACUCCGGCCCCCGGUCCUCUUCCCUCACCAGACCAAGGAAACUGGACAUAUACAGAUUCAGAGACCAACAUAACCUGCAUUGUUCUUAAGUUUGCAGCUCAAUUCAAUGUGACAUAUACCAAAGUUGACAACGUGUCAUCCUUCGCUCACGUCGUCUUCAACGUACCGAGUAACGCUUCUGUGGUGAACGGCUCCUGUGCAGGCGACCAAUGGCUCGAGAUCAGCUGGUUGGCGCCCAACACCACCAUUGCCAAUAACAUGACAAUUUAUUACCACAAGAACAAAACGACGAACAAUUACUACCUCAAGAGUCUCAAUGUGUCCUUCAGCCCAGAGCUGUUUGUAAAUGCUUCUAAAGCAAAUUCCCUGGAGCUUUACCAUGGCAACGAAUGGAUGACCCCGGUGGCGACCUCGUACCGGUGUGAGGUCGCGACCCGCUUCAACAUGAGCUCCGACAGCCUGACUGCCGCCUCGAUGACCCUCACCCGGCUGCAGGAAGAGGCCUACAGGACUGCGCCCGGAACAGGAUUCAGUGCCGCUCGCCAGUGCGGCGGCGCCGACGUGCCGGACGCCGUGCCCAUAGCCGUGGGUUGCGCGCUGGGCGGGCUCGUGCUGGUCGUGCUGGUCGCCUACCUGGUCGCCCGCCGCCGCUCCGCCGCCAGCGGGUACCUCUCCAUGUAGGCGCCGCCCAUAAACACCAGUCUACAGGAGGCAGGAGGUGAAAGUCAAUAAAUAUAUAAAGUUAUAUUAGCAGACAUACACAAACUCGGAACCGACAACUUCAUCGCAUUUACUUCAGCAAACUUUGUAUAUAUUUAUAAUUUCUUUUUCUACUUAAAAACGAAUGUAGUUUUAGAGAUAUUGAAAUGCAAUUUAGUUAAAAUUAUGGUACAAGUUAGUUGUACGUCUCAAAACCCUUAUACCUUUAGGUUCGAAUGAAAGAGUUGCUCAACACGUCGCACGCUGGUAACACCACGACGUACUGAAUCUGUAAUUAAAAAAAAAAAAAACAUUUUUAUUUUCUUUUUUCUUUAAUGCCGUUGUAUCUCGUACUAUAAUACAACUAAGCUUUGAAAAAAGAUUUUUAUUUGAAUUUUAUGUAACUAUGGCCGAAGGUCGUUUUUUUUUUGUUUGGCACUGACCACGAUGCCUUUAGCAGAUGUCAAAUUAGAACGUGGUUUGGAGAAGUCGGCUGCGGAGGCUGCCAUGCCUUUCUUUGGGACUGCCUUCGCUACCUAACGUCAUAUGGGCGUUAUGUUCUUGAACAUGUAGAAACUCAUACAUUUCUAACGUCACAGUCAUGAUCGGUGUCAAACUUAGAAAUACGGCAUCAGGAUAGCUUGAAAAAAAAAAAAAGGGCCAUUCGUAGAUUGAUAAGUAUAAAACAGUUAUUUUGUGAGGAUAGAUACAGGUGCAUUGAUGUGGAUAAUGUGAUUAUUAAUUAUUUAAAAAAAAAAACUAUACCGGUGAUUUAAUUCAAUAUUUUUAAAAGUCAAUUUUAUCUUCAGGUUCACUGAUAUAAUACAGAUUGUGACAUAUUUAGAAAGUAAAAAAAAUAUCUACUCAGUAUAAUUUUUACAUUGUAAAUUUGUCCACAGCUCUGGAAACUAUCAGGAAAUUUAAUUCUUCUUCAAUCUUGUGCAUAUUGAGUUAAACCAACGAUAUAUUUGUCUACGAAAUUCCAUUUUAUAUUUUAUUAUUGUUUCAUUGUGAUUUCUCGUCGUCCAAAGAGCAGUGACAUUAUACAUCGUAUAAUAUUUCAUUUCAUAUAUUUUAGUAUUAAUAAUAAUUCAUAUGUAUUUUUAAUUAGUAGAAUAGUAAAUAAAUUUUGUGAAUGUUCAUUAAAAAUGGUGUUAACCUCUUUUUAUUUUUAUUUUAGAUGAACCUUUUGUGUUAAAUCGAUAAUAUAAUAAUUGUAAAUUUGGCUCGGUAAAUAAGAACCCAAGCUAUUAAAUAAUUAUAAUGUUUUUAUUAACCAUUUAACCGCCAAAUUAAGAAAAUAUUUGCAAUUAUAGUGUACUGAAGUUGCAAUUAACAUUUUAAUAUGGUCCCAUUUAAGCUGCAUGCUAAUCUUAUACAGUAUAAACCUAUAAAAACAAUCUGUGAUUGAAGAUAAAGGCGAAGCUAGAACAUCAGAUGAAAUAAAUAAAAAUUUGGUAGAUUUAAUUUUAGUUUCUCAGUAGGCGUGUCGGUUUCUUUCUACUUUUUGCCAUUUCGCGUCCAUCUUUAUAACUUUUAAGGUUAUUAGGACUAGGUCAUGUAUUAUUGAACAUUUGCAAAUUUUAUUUUAUGUCCAACAAAUUAUCGGGCUUCAUUGCUCCUAUCAUAUACAUACAUAUUGCAAUAACAGUGUAUUAUAUUAUGCAGAGUAAUGUUGCUAGAAAAAAAAACAAAGUUAACGGCCACAUUGCAGUUUCAGUGAAUUUAAGUUUUAUUGUUAAAAUUGGCAAUUAACCUUUAUAUGAUAAUGUUUUGCAGCGAAUUUAAGUUUAAAACUCUAAACAAUUAAUCUCUGGUACUACACCUGGGAGCUGGAGCGAUUGUGAUGAUUUGGUUUACUGCAGAACAUUACAGUCGGGGAUACGAGCCGGUGCCCAUCUUCGGAGUUAUGUUUUAAGAGAUGUGAAAUAAAUGUUUUUAUUGCCAAA